UUAUUUUUAAUCCUUUGGAAAGUUUUGUAUAUAUUAUUUGAGAUGUGAAUUGAUUUUACAUCAGUUUACGGUUUUUAUUAGGUUAUAUGACACAAACCCCCACAAUGCAGCCACUUUGGCAUAGCUUUUCAUUUGCCUUCCUUUAUUGCUUGUCAGUGUUAAUGUUUUCCAGGGAAAACAGCUUGCUAGCUAUUAGCUGGAUCUGGGAGGUGUUUCAUCCGUCUGAUGAGUUGCCUAUAAAAACUUCAAUUUAUUAUUCUCUUUAGAAAAUGUGUCGAUGUGUCUGUUAUCAGUGUCAGAAGUAAAGACACAAUGCAAAAACUCCAUGUGAACGGUUUAAACCCGCAGGUGUGAUGGAACCUGCUGUCCCCCUCCAGGGCCUGAGCCGUGCUGAGCGUUUCCAGUGACGUCUGACUUUGUCUGGCACUGCCAACGCUCCGGGCAGUUCAGACUCGGGCUUUUCAUUUGUUUCUUGGAAUAGUAACAGCCCUCAGUUGUUUCUCUGUAAUGUUUUGAACAGCUUUUCCACCCCUACACAUGUGAGAAUGGAAACAAAGGGCGCUUUAGCUGGUCUCGCUGUUCCCAAGAGAGAGAACUUGGGAAGAGCCAGGCAGGGUGUUUGAGUGACUUAUGGGCUCAGCUGUAACCUGUGGCUGCCCCAGGGUCACUCAGGAACAAUGACAGCCUGGCCAGGAUUUUCCAGGUGGGAUAUCAGUUUGUUUUAAUUAAGGAACAUUUCACUCUGUUUGAAAUCCUGUUACUGUAACCAGCAGUUAGAAAAACUGUACAACUGUCCACUCUUUUGUGUGAUAUUGUGAUAUUUUCCAAUGCUACCACCUGGGGUCUUUUAUAGCAACAUUUUACAUGGUAAAUGUCUUUUAUCCCACACACAUACACUUUUUAUGCCAUUUAUUUAUUAUUUUCCUUUGAAGCUCUCUGAAAAAUGCACCCUUAGUUGUAAACUAAAUCCUGUCUUGUCAAUAGUAAAUAAAUCCUUUUCCACAUGAGAAGAGUCCCUGCAAAGUUCCCUCACCAGCUAUCUUGUGUAAAUAUCCCUCUGUUUGCCUCUGACGGUAAAUUCAGGGCAGGUUUUUCUCCUUCCAGUAAAGCUGAUCAGUUUUGAUGACAGGGGGCUCUGAGCUGGGCAGCCUCUGAGACAGGUUGAGUUAUUCAGAGGUCUUUGGUAGCUUUUUUUUUGUCAGAGGACAGAGGUGGUAUCCUCCUGGGGUCAGACCAAGGCAGCCAAGUGAGGCCUCUCUCCUGAGUUGUUUGCAAAAGAACAUUUCUGAUAAAUGUAUAAGAAAAAUAACCUUCAUUCUGGGCGUUGGGAGCAGAAGGCUGUCAGGAGAACGUUUGGUGCCUUGAAGUCUUUCAGAUGUAAACUUGAGCUGGGUGGGAAAGCAUAAGGAGCUUUUCCUCCCUGGCUUCCUCUGCCCUGUGAACCUCCCUUUUGUUUGAAGGAAGAUCACGAAGGCAUUGCCAGAUCCCAGCAGGCAAGAAGGGUUUGGGAAAAAGCUGGGCAGCUGAAUGGGGCAGCACUUUGUUAUUUCCUAUCUGUCUGCAGUACUUGUAUUUUAUUGCCAAGUUAUUUGAAAGUCUCCUGGUUUAAUGUGUUUAUUUUCAUGUCACAGAAAGGGAAGUUGUGAGUAUUUAUCUUCAUUUCCAGGUGCAGAACUGAGGCUAAGUGACACAUUCAGAGUUACCCAGAAAAUCUGUGAUGGAAUGAGGAACUGGUCUCUUUAAUCUUUGGUUAGGCAGCAGCUACUGGGCUUUUCUGCUAUGUUGGUCUUUGCAGGAGGAACUCAGCUAAUUCCCUGUCGAGCAUUAGCAGCUCUGUCAGCUCCAUGCUGUCUUGGGAAGCUUUGUACAGCCUCGCCAUGAGAACCUUUGAUGGAUACAUUCUUUGUUUCUCUACUAACACUUCAAGGUCUGUCUUUGCAAGGAAAAGGGCAAGACUUCCUUUUUUAUUAGAAAUGAAAAAUUAGAUCUCCAGUAAUCUUUUGACCUCCAGUAAAACUUCCUGGAGCCAGCAGGCCCUGGUGUUCCUGAUUAAAAAGUUAACUUUUGAAAUUAGGCUUUAAUCAAGAAAAUUUUAAAGCUCUGGUUAGAGAGGUUAAUAAAACCACUUUCUAUUUCUCUCUGGUUAAGGACUUUCUUUUUAGUAACUGACCUUUUAAGUUUUUUUAUUAAGUAGUGUUGCAUUGAAAAUGUGUUUUGUUCAAGUGUGGACUGUGACAAGGACAUAUGAGAAUAAAAAUGGAUUUUAAAUUGCACUGUUAAAAUACAUAUAAUAUUUACUAAGGCAAAUUACUUCAUUUCACUGUGUGGUAAGAGACACCAAGAUCUUCAUAGUAAUAUGAAUAGAAUAUUUUCAGUUGGAACUGACCUACAGUGAUCAUGCAGUCCAACCACUUGACCAAUUCAAGGCUGACCAAAAUGAUACCAUGUUGUUAAGGGCAUUUUCCAAAUGCUUCUUAUGCACUGACAGGCUGAGGGCUUUGACCAUCUCUCUAGCAAGCCUGUUCCAGUGUUUGACCACAUUCUUGGUGAAGAAAUGUUUCCUAAUGAAGCAUUUGCUUGGACUUGAAGGUUUGCAAAAGCCUCGUUCACUUAAUUUCAAAAUGAAGUUUUAAAAUUGCUCUGUUUUUGAGUGGAUGGAUUUUAGCUGGAAGAGUUUCCAUCUAGUAAGAAAAAAUUGCUUCCUUAAAUAGGGUGUGACUGUUGUUGCUCCAUGUCAUUUGCAUAGAUUUCCAAAGAGUUAGGUGUUUGGUAAUGCUUGGCUUUUGUGAUCAUUCCUAUUUAAUACCACACGAGAAAAUGCUGGACAUAUAGGGAAGAGGGCAGCCAGGGACAGCAACAGAAAUUUAAUUUCUGCACCUUAAUUUCUCCCCAUCACCCUCUCCUCCAGCCAGGGCUGGACCUGUUGAAUUUCAACAGCAGGGCUCAUGACCUGAAGCCUGCAUAUCCAGUCUGCUUUUCCAUGGAAGGAAGGAGAAUCAUAUCAUCUUUCACUUGCAGUGCUGCCUCACACAUUUUUUUUCCCUAUAAAGUGUUCUUACUGAGCUCUGCUCAGUUGGGCUGAACAGAAAGUAUCAGUGAAAGUAUUUUCUUACCCCGCCAGUGACAGCUGAAGGCAAUCUCUCACUUGUGCAUUGCUGGGAAGUAGAAGUGAAGACGUGUUUGCAUAUUGCAUCUUGUCCACAGAAAUACUAUCACAUUCAAGAAGCAUGUAUAUUCCUUGACUUCUUUCACAGACAUGUUACUUGACCUCAGUGACCUUCUUCAGGUGAAUGUCUAUGUGCUGGGAAAAACUUUCCUUGUGUUGGCCAGAGAACUCUGCAUAAAUGCUCCUGCCAUAGAUCCGUGUUUGUAUAUUCCCCGUUUUGCACACAUGCUGGAGUUUGGGGAUAAGAACCACGAGGUGUCCAUGACGGCGCUGAGGCUGCUGCAGAGGAUGAAGAGGGACUGGAUGCACACCGGGCGCCGGCCCUCGGGGCUCUGCGGGGCAGCUCUGCUAGUGGCAGCAAGAAUGCAUGAUUUCCGACGGACUGUUAAAGAGGUCAUCAGGGUGGUGAAGGUUUGUGAGUCUACAUUAAGGAAAAGGUUGACAGAGUUUCAAGAUACACCAACCAGUCAGCUAACCAUAGAUGAGUUUAUGAAGAUUGACUUGGAAGAAGAAUGUGAUCCUCCUUCAUUUACAGCUGGUCAAAAAAAAUUGAAAAUACAGCAGCUUGAAAAGGCAUUAUCAAAAAAGCUGGAGGAUUUUGAAGGAGAAAUAUCGAGCUACCAAGAUGAAAUAGAGAGUGAAUUAGAAAACAGUAGACCGAAAGCAAAAGGCGUAUUUGCAAAUUUCACUAAAGAUGAUUCUAUAGAUGAUAAUGCCUCUAGCAUACUUGGAGAGGAGGAGGCAGAAGAUGAGGAACUAGAAGCAGCUGCUAAUCACUUAAACAAGGACUUUUAUGAUGAACUUAAUGAGAAGGAUAGAGCUCAAAGAAAUGAAGAUGGGGAAUGCAGAAAUGGAAAUGAAACUCUUCUAAGACCCCCUGCACUGGAAUCCUUGCUUGGCCCACUGCCCACUGCCGCUAGUCUUGGCAUAACAGAGUCCAUCAAAGAGUGCAUAUCCACCAAGGACCAAGAACCUGGUGAGAAUACAGGAGAUGGUGAAUUAGACCUGAGUGGAAUCGACGACAGUGAAAUAGAUCGGUAUAUACUUAAUGAAGCUGAAGCUCAGAUAAAAGCAGAGCUGUGGAUGAAAGAAAAUGCAGAUUAUUUGAAGGAACAAAAAGAAAAGGAAGCAAGAAUAGCAAAAGAGAAAGAACUUGGGAUUUAUAAGGAACACAAGCCAAAGAAAUCUGCAAAGAAGCGGGAGCCAAUUCAAGCCAGCACAGCAGGAGAGGCAAUUGAAAAGAUGUUAGAACAGAAGAAAAUCUCAAGUAAAAUUAAUUAUAAUGUGCUAAGGGACCUGAACAGCAAAGGAAGUAACACACCAAAGAAAGAGGAUGACAGCACUGAUGACAGCACCAACACCAAGAAGCUGUCAAGAAGAAAAUCUAUUGCCAGUAGGAAUAUAGCCAACCCUGUAAACAGUGUGGGAAAAAGAUUAAGACCCUUGAUUUCAACCCAGUUUGCUAAGAAGGCUGCCACCGAAGAGGUUACCUUUCCAAAUGCACAGGCUGAAGCCUCUGAUGUAGAAAAACCAGCAGCUGUGCUUGUGGAGAGUGGCCCAGUAGCUUACAAUCCUGAUGAAGAGGUGGAAGAGGAGGAGGUAGAAGAAGAUGAAGAUCACUGCAUGAGCGCCUUGCAGUUGCUGGGAGGAAAUGAUUAUGGCUGUGAUAUGGAUGAAGAUGAUGGCUAUUAGCUCCAUUUACUUCCAGGGAACAUGGACUGUGUCUUGUUCUCAGCAAAUCUUUGGUCUUCAAACUGUAUGAAUAGUGAAAGAAGCUGUCUAUGGUCAGCAAAUGUAAUCAAACAAUCCUUACUUUUGUAAAAUGAAAUUCGAGGUUGGCAUUGGGUCUGGUCAGUUUACAUUGACCCAUAACCCAGCAAUAACCAGUUUGGAUUCCUACUUGAAUUUAUUUUUAUUUUGGUGGAUCAUAGUUGGAGAAUUAAAUUAAUGAGAGUAAUGUUUCCAGAGAACAAAAGAAAAGAGACAAAACAGACUUGUGCAUGAAGCCUGUGUGGCUGAAAACAGCACAUCUCUUAUUUAUGUGACUGCUUUUAGGCAUACUGCUGAAAGGGAGCAGGUUGAAGGACAGGGCCUGUUGAUUGAUUGAGUACAGGAGCAUUCGUUGUCUCAUCAUGCUACAACUGACAGAAAGAAAUGUUUCCAGCCUGGAUUGUGAAUGCGACCAUGUUACUGUAUAUGAGCUCCCUUACCCAACCCUAUCAAAAGUUAAUGACAAGUUAUAUAUUUGCAGAGCAGUACUGGCUUUCUGAAACAGAGUAAAUACUUCUUUAUAUUAAUCAAUUCAUAGAUUUCUUAAAAUAUCUGACAGUAGAAGGCAAUGUUGGCAGUGAAGAAUUGUCUUCCACUGUGAGUCUGGUGCGGAUUUUGUGGAAGGAGGGAGAAGACCUGGGUCGGGUGGGAAGUGUAGGAAGCAAGGAGGCAAAGAUGCUGUGCUCAUGAGCUGUUGCUGGGCAUCCUUAGGGACAGCCAGGCCUUCUUUAGGCUGGUGUUGCUGCAGGAGAGUCACUCUGGCCAUCUCUGUGGAGCUGCUUGUCUCACUAAGUUAGAGUGAAGGUCUGCUCCCAAGAGCUGCUGGUCUCUAAAACCAGUUGAAAGAAAGCUGAGCUUUUUAAUAAAUAAGCUAGCAUCUGCUUUGACUGAAUUUAAUUUAAUGUAAUUUGCUUAACAUUCUCUGGGUAAAUUAAAGGUCACCAUGCAGCAGUCUGACUUUCAUGGCUCAAAUCCCACCCUUGAACAGUCGUUGCUAUGUGAAUAAAGCUGGAGCUGCAGCCCUGUGUGCCCCGAAAUGUCAGCAGGCAGGUCCUCUCUUGCAGAUAGAUCAGUUCUGGCAGUGCCAUGAGAGCAGGGGUCAGGAGUGGAGCCCCUGUGGGCAGAUCCCAGCCUGGUGCCUCUGACCUGCCUUUCCCUGGCACUGCUGGGCCCGAGGCUCUCAGCUCCGUGGGAAAUGUGCUGCACUCCGGAUCACACUCUUGAUGUCUGCAGCUGAUGUUUCCAUCUCUCUCCCUUAUCUGGUGACAAUCAAAACUGUAGUGCUGCAAGCUUGUCUUAAUACCAGGGAAAGAUGGAUAUUUAUCUUACCAGCAUGGUUUCUGUUCAGCUGUGUCUCCUGGCCAGGUCUUCCUUCCUACCUAUUUUGAGGUUACUCUUACUAAAGCACCAUCCAUCCUCCUGCUGCAGAGAAUGGAUUGUGGCAGGAAGAGAAGCUGCUUCAGGAUGUUCUGCCAGACAGGGUGAUGAUGGUGCUCACAUGUGAGGUCAUCACCCAAGAGGGGAAGGGCCACAGGGCCUUCCAUACUUCCAUUCUUCUCUGUCCCUCUUGGUAGCUUGCAUAAGAUGGAUCGUGCAAGUUGAGCAAGAGUGAAUGCUUUUUUUUUGCAUCAGGCUUGAUGCUAUUUUGCUGGUAAAUAUGGUUUGGAGGGUUGUAUCUCUAAGGAAUUUUUGAGCUUCCUAUAGGAGUAUAUCUCUAAUGACUUCUUAGAAGCAGAACUUGAUAACAAAAUUGUUGUGGUGAGGCUACUGGAAAGAAUAGCUCAUCUGAACCAGAUUCCAGUUACUUAGUUUGCAGCACUUACGUGGAAAGAAGAGAUUCUUUAUAAUUCUUAGGAGAAAAGCUGGCAUUUUCACAGAAAAGCUAUAGAUUUUUUUUCUGAUACUUAAUAAAUACUGCACAGAAACUGAUACUGAGGAGACAAACCUUUCUACCUCUCUUUUAUCUACACCAUAAAAUAGAAGUAUGCUACAAGCAGACAGUUUUUUAAAAAGUGGUUUGUUUUAUCAAAGUUUGUGCUCUGCAAGUCUUUGAGACCGUUGAGUUUGAUUGUUUGGGUUUGAAUUAAUCUUCCAUAGCACUGCUACAAAUAUACUCUCAGUAUAUUCUCAAGGCUUGGGUUUUAUUCCAAGGUACACAGUAUUCUCUAUGCAGGAAAUAAACAUGCAUAAAUAAACAUGUGUAUGACUCAUGUAGGUCGAGUGCUUUUCUCAGAUGCAAGAUAUUGGCUCUUAAAGAAACCGCCAAGAUGAAUAUUGCCAAGAUGAAUGUUGCUAAGA